AUGAAAUCGAAGUCAAUUGAACAUAUUGGUGAUAUCGAAGGAAUCAAAGGUGAUCAAUUAAUAUCAGUUUGUUAUGAUGGUCAAGAUCAUAUCUAUUUAGUGAAUGGUUGGAAAAUAAAUAAUAGAAUUGAUCGAUUCAACAUCAAGACAAUGAAAUUUGAUCGAUAUCAUCAAUUACCUGAUCGAUAUGAUCGUCAAGCAUCAUCAAUGAUCUUCAAAGGUUCAUUAUAUUCAAUAUCAUACAAUAAAAAUAAGCUAUUUCAAUUCGAUUUAACAAACAGAACGAUAACAGAACAUCAAAUUGACAUUAUACCAUGGUCAGCAUGUCAUGAUAACAAUGGAAAUUUCUUCAUAUUAGAUAAGAGAAACAGUCAAUUCAUAUUUAAUAUAUUAAGCAAACGAUUCAUCAAAUACAAUGUUGAAACCAAACAAACAACCAAUCUCAAUGCAGGUCAUCUCGCGAAUGCACAUUUUACAUCUUUAAUGUAUCAUCGAGAAUCAUCAACAUCAAGUUAUAUCUAUUCAUUUGGUAAUUAUAAUGAUUGUAAUUUCAAAUAUUCAAUUGAAACCAAUCAAUGUGAAGCAACUUUUAGAAAUAUUUCCAAUCACAAAAGAGCAGAGUGUGCAUCUACAUCAAAUACGUUUUAA